AUGUUCGCCAAAGUCCAUAAUAGUGCCCAAAAUUAUUACAACUUCGAGAAGAGAACCCUUGGACCUCCAUUAGCGUGUGUAAAUAGUAUCCCGAGUGUGACAAAUGAAUUAGUUGAGUUUAAUCGAAUCCUUGAAGAUUUGGAUGAAUUGAACUGCAAACUUGUUGCGGUAUGCGCGGAUUCCGUGGAAUCAAAUUUUGCUUGGUAUCAUGCACCGGCAGCCAACAACGGUCUGGACGAGGCAAUCGAAUUUCCGAUUAUUGGUGAUCGAUCCAUGAGCAUUUGCCGUUCCUACGGCGUUGCUGUGGAACAUGAAGGAUGUGCAUUAAAGUGA